AUAAUUACAAACCCAGCAAGUAGACAGUCUCUUUAGGCGCUCCGUUCUACGCACGCCAGUCUCUCCCCAACCAUUGCAUAAUGUCUUUCCGACCACCCCGCACUCGACCCAUUCUCUCUAUUUUUCAUAACCCUGCCUGCUCCAAAUCGCGAGCUGCAUUGCAGGUGUUGACUGCCCAUAAGGAUCCUCCUUACCAAGUUGACAUUAUCGACUAUUUGCAAGAUCCACCCACGUCGGACCAACUGCGCCAAGUGUCAAGCUACCUCGGCACCGUCCAAGGCAUGCUCCGACCCGACGCUCCUAAGGUCGGUGGUAUUGACCAACUGGUAAAACUUGUAAAGGAAGACCCGUCGGUGUUAGAACGACCCGUGGUUGUCGAUUGGGACAAGGGUAAAGCUGUCCUCGGCAGACCAACCUCCGCCGCGGUCGAACAGCUGGUCAAUGACAGACUUGCUAAAGAAUAGGAAAAUCUUUCACAUCAUGAUGUUAGAACAGAACAAAUAAAAAAGCUGUUGCAAUACAUAUGACAUAAUAU